UGCAUGCCUAAAAUCCACAGACAAGAAAAAAAAAGAGGAGGAAAUUUAAAAAUUAAAAUACUUUUUAAAAUAUAAAUAUUCAAUCCCUCGAGUAUUUUUUUAAUUUCUUUUUUCUGCGACGAUAAAAGAGCCACGGUUACUUUACAUCCACAGUCGACGGGCUGACUUUGCGGCGGCCCAUGGCGAUCGUCGACCGGCAUCAGCGGAGCUCCGAAAGGAAGAUGUUUAGUCUUUGUCCCUUUUGGCAGACUUCGACCACGAUGAACAACUCUUCCUCUUCUUCUUCCACUAAAAAUCUCAACCACAAUGGCAGCCGACACUCGGAGACGGUUGCCGCCAAGCGCUCUAAAACCGUCUCAUCCAUUGCUAGAUCGCUUCUCCCUCCGCGGCGCCGGCUGCGCCUCGAUCCUUCUAAUAAACUCUAUUUCCCUUAUGAGCCUGGAACUCAGGCGAGAAGUGCGAUCAGGUUGAAGAACACUAGUAAAUCUCACGUAGCUUUCAAGUUUCAAACUACUGCGCCGAAGAGUUGUUUUAUGCGUCCACCUGGUGGUAUUUUGGCGCCAGGGGAAAGCAUUAUCGCAACCGUGUUUAAAUUUGUAGAGCGUCCGGAGAAUAAUGAGGUGCAGGUGGAUUUAAAGAGUAAAGUUAAAUUUAAGAUAAUGAGUUUAAAGGUAACAGCUGGAGUGGAUUACUUGCCUGAGCUUUUUGAUGAACAAAGGGAUCAAGUGACUAUAGAAAGAAUUUUGCGGGUUGUAUUUCUAGAUAUGGGGCGGCCUAGCCCUGCAUUGGACAAACUUAAGCGUCAGUUAGCUGAGGCCGAGGCUGCUUUCGAAGCACGCAAGAAACCUGCCCCUGAUACAGGUCCCCGUGUUGUUGGCGAAGGUCUUGUAAUCGAUGAAUGGAAAGAGCGAAGGGAAAAAUACCUGGCACGUCAGCAAGUUGAAGCGGUAGAUUCAACAUGAAGCGAUGUUUGAUCUUGCUGUGAAUGCUUUCUUUCUUCUUUGGUUGAAUCCCUCAAUUUGCGACUUCUUGAGAGGAGGGAAGGUGAAGAGAUGAGUUGACGGAGCAGUUCAUGUAGAGGAGAACCGAGUGUUCUCAUGCCAUUACUCAGCAUUAUGAACAGUGUAAAGGCCAGGUACCCAACUCUUGGGCUAAUGCCAUCUUACUUGUAGAUAAUGGGUUUGGUUUUGUCAUGAAAAUAAAUGCAAGGCACAAUGCAUGAUCCUAUUUGGUGUUCUUUUCGAGGUUGGAGUGCUUAUAUAUAUGUUUAGCCUUGUUAUCCUGUUGAAAUAUUUGAUUAUAGCCAAUGAAUUCUCUAGGGUUGUACUUGACACUGCUAUUGUAGAUGAACAAGCAUGAAUUUUGCUCUGGUUUGAAGUGGUUUAUGUUUUUUCUUUAUUGAAUGAUCACCUGUUCUUACCAUGAAAA